AACAAUUUUGCCGCCUUGAGUCUGCUGUCCGUUAAGGAUCCAUUACGGUGUCGACUGGACAAAAGACAGAAUAAUGGAGUGUUCAGAAAGAACUAAAAGGAGGAAAAUAUCAGCGAAAGUGGAGGAACAUUUGCGUCUCCUUGAAAAGGAGUCUAUGAUUGAUGAUUUGUUGGCACAUGAUUCUGAAAACGAAUACCAACUGGAUGAUUUGUUAGAGCAUACUGAAAGCGAAGAUUCCAUGGACACUUUCUACGAUGCUUGUGAUCAGAACUGUUUUGAGAAUUCAUCAAUUGAUUUAGAAGAUGAAAAUUCCUCCGAUUCUUUUUAUGAUUUUAACAUUUCCUCAUUUGAUGAUUUGGAUUCUGAAAACCGGGUUCCAGGUGAUAUGCCUGGUUGUGAUAGUGACUGUGAUUUGCAUGGAGAUGUGUGUUCUGACUUGGAAGAUGACAAUGAUGAUGAUUCGCAUGGGAUUGCAGAGUGGGCUGCAGAAUUCAACAUACCACAAACAGCGCUGUCUGCACUUCUUAAAAUCCUAAGGAGAAAGGGUCUUGAUAUCCCAAUGGAUGGCAGAACUCUUAUGUCAACUGACAGAUCUUGCAAUGUGGCGAAUAUGGCUGGGGGGUCCUACUACCACUUUGGAAUCGAAAAUGCUCUCAUAGCUGAACUAACAUCUUUAGGACAUUUAGCAAAUGUGACUGAUACUCUCACACUUCGAAUUAACAUCGAUGGAUUGCCCUUAUUCCGUAGCUCCAGUUUGAGUCUGUGGCCUAUUCUGGGUAUGAUUAAGGAAAUUCCAGAGUGUAGUGUCUUUGUAAUUGGAGUGUACUCUGGUGUGUCCAAACCCGCAAAUGUGCAAGAGUAUUUACAAGAAUUCAUUGUAGAUAUGAAAGCAAUUUCUCAGAGUGGUAUUGUGUACAAUGGUGUACAUUUCAGGGUACCAUUACCUGAUGCUUUUAUUUGUGAUGCACCUGCUCGUGCCUUUCUUAAAUGCUCCAAAGGCCAUACGGGCUAUUAUGGGUGUGAGAGGUGCACUCAAAAAGGCCAGUACAUUAAUGGGAAGGUGGCUUAUCCUGAAAUAUCAGCAGAGCUCAGGACAGAUGAGCAAUUUGGCAGGCAAGGCUAUCAACAGCACCAACUGUCAGCCUCCCCCCUAAAUGACCUGGGUAUAGGUUUAGUUACCAGUUUUGUGUUAGAUUAUAUGCACCUUGUCUGCUUGGGGGCAAUGCGUAAGUUAAUAUUUCUUUGGUUGAAGGGGCCGCUGAAAUGCAGGCAAUCUAUGAAGUUUUUUGUUGUAAUGUCAGCAUAUAUGGUUUCUAUCAGGCAAUAUUUACCUAGCAAUUUUGCAAGGAAACCACGAUCCUUGUUUGAAUUCAGCACAUGGAAAGCUACAGAGCUUCGGCAAUUUUUACUUUACACUGGGCCUGUUGUUCUCCUCAAUAAUAUACCCAGUAUAAUGUACAGAAACUUUUUACUUCUAUCAGUAUCUAUGAGAAUACUUCUGAGUCCUGCCUUAUGUUCUCCUGACAAUUGUGACUAUGCUGAGGAGAUUUUGAAACUCUUUGUAACAGAUUUUGCUGCAAUUUAUGGUGCUGAAUUUGUCAGCUAUAACAUGCAUUCAUUGAUCCACCUAGCUCAAGAUGCACGAAAUUUCGGCCCGUUAGAUAGUGUUCCAGCUUUUCCCUUUGAGACAUUUUUAGGUAAACUGAAAAAACUUGUCCGUCGGCCUCAAAACCCUGUCCAACAACUCGUCAGGCGAAUCCAUGAGAAGCAGAAAGUGGCAAGCCAAAAGACCACAUCAGUUUUCAGCCCACUUAAACAGCUCCACUUUUCUGGACCAUUGAUUAAUUCAAUUGCAACAUGGGAACAAUACAGGCGUUACAAUGAUGGACAGACACUGAUCUCCUCCUCUCGUGGCGAUGACUGUUUUUCUGUAGGGGGAAGGAUUCUUAUUGUGCGGAACAUUUUGUCACAUUCUGGAACUGUUAAAGUCCUGUGUAAUUUCUUUGAAACUGCCAAAUCCUUUUUCACCUAUCCAAUGGACUCAUCAUGUCUUGGAAUUCUUUUUGUUUUUAAUUUAUCUGAAGACUUGCAGCUGUUACCUUUGGAGGAGUUAAAAACAAAAAUGGUGUUAUUGCCACUCAAGACUGGAUACGUGGCAUUGCCACUCCUGCACUACAUGUUACCUUUCGCGAUAGUUGAAUUUAUAAAUAGUGGAGGAUUGGCAGUUAUACCGACCAAGUGGUUUAUCGGGCCCGAGGAGGAUGAAUGCUACUGGCCACCAGCAAGAAUGAACAUGGCAAAGGCGGUCAUAGAGCAACAGGACCCUCACACUGACUGGGCGACAUACAAGUUGACUGUCAAGAGAAAAUUCGCAACGUAUGAAAUUGCCCGCACAAAAUUAGUCGAGUAUGAACAGAACACAGAUGUACCAACCGAAUCUGAUUCUACAGAGAAUAUGGGAAGGGGGAAGCGCAAAAAGAGGUGGAAUGGGGUGUUGGAACAGAUGCUAAGGAUCCAUGUCUGUGCUGACACCUGCACCGCCUCCAUCCACCCUCAGGUCUGUGCUGACACCUCCACCGCCUCCAUCCACCCUGAGGUCUGUGCUGACACCUCCACCGCCUCCAUCCACCCGGAGGUCUGUGCUGACACCUCCACCGCCUCCAUCCACCCUCAGUUCUUCACCAUCAUCUGCUAG